AAAGAGGAAGUGAGAUUCGGCGAGAGAGAAAGAGAGUGAGGUGUAUGAAAACGAGGUCGCGCUCUUGCAAACGCCAUUUUCAUAGUUGUUUCUUUCACCAUUCAACCAACUUGUUUUUGUUUCAUUUGAUAUUAAAUUCGUGAUGAAGAUCCGUUGGCAGUGAGCUUCCUAUUUCAUACUUGCAAUAAGCCGGUGGCUUUAUUAUUUUGCUUCGUAAUUAAUCUGACAGUACAUUGUUUUUUAAACGGAGAAUACCUUUCCUAUUUACUACAAUUUUUUUUCUACCGAUUGUAGCACAAUCUCUUAAAAGACAUUCUAUCUUUAUACAACACUUAAGAAGCUCAAAAUGCUUUCAGCUACUGGAACCAAGCGACACAUGGAAUUUGAUUGGAAUGCUGAGAGGCGGAAACAGAAGAAACGUAGUCGUUGGGGUAAUGAAGAAACAGAUAAAACCAUCAUUCCUGGAAUGCCAACUGUUAUUCCUGCUAACCUUUCUGGUGAUCAGGAGAAACAAUAUUUAGUGCACCUGCAAAUCGAGGAGAUAAGUCGUAGACUGCGAACAGGAGACCUGGGCAUCCCACCUAACCCUGAAGACAGAUCACCAUCCCCUGAACCAAUAUAUAAUCAUGAAGGGAAACGGUUAAACACCAGAGAUUAUCGUACCAGGAAAAAACUGGAAGAAGAUCGUCAUCGGUUGAUCCAACAGGCGUUUGAGCUGAAUGCUGAUUAUAAACCACCAGCAGAUUACAAUGUUAUCAAAGAAAUAAUCCGCCAAGGAAUCGAAGUUCCUGAAGGACAGAAUGACUUGAGACGACAACAGCUUCGGGAACUUGCUCUCCUCAAUGGCACACUUCGGGAGAAUGAUGGUCUUGCUAAAUUGAAACAGCUGCAGCAGGCACAGACUAUUAUCACCAACACUAUUAUAUGUUCAAUAUGUGCGGGAACAGGACAUUUAGCUCAGGACUGCAAACAGAAGAGACCUGGGGAACCAAUCAGAAUCCAACAGGGAUCACAAGCAGACAGAGCUAAGAUGGACAGUGAGUAUAUGUCACUGAUGGCAGAACUUGGUGAAGGACCACCACCACCUCAGAAAACACCUCCACAACAGUCAAACAUUCAACAGGGCAAUAUUCAGACAUUCAAUCGACCACCUUUUCAUUCACAACCACCUCCAAAUCCAAUGGUAAGUCAUUAUAACACUUCUGUAUAAACUUACUGUAACUUC